UUUGUAGGAAGACUCAACCCCAGACCACAGGACCCGUCCUGUCCAAACCUUUUGAACUACGAGGGAUUGUGACCGGAUCACCGGGCUGCCUUAAGAGUGCACCGAACCUGGUCUUUGGAGACCUCGAGUUGAAGAUGGCUCAGGCAGCAACAGUUAUCGUGACUCAACCUGGAUUUGUUCGUGCUCCCCAAAAUUCCAACUGGCAGACCAGCCUGUGUGAUUGCUUCAGUGACUGUGGAGUCUGCCUCUGUGGGACCUUUUGCUUCACUUGUCUUGGAUGUCAAGUGGCAGCUGACAUGAAUGAAUGUUGUUUGUGUGGAACAACGGUGGCGAUGAGGACUCUCUACCGAACCCGAUACGGCAUUCCUGGGUCUAUUUGUGAUGACUACAUGGUCACCCUCUUCUGUCCUGUUUGCUCUGUGUGCCAAAUCAAGAGAGACAUUAACAGGAGGAGAGCCAUGAACGCUUUCUAAUGAGCUGGAUGGCGAGAGCUCCGCUGAAGCAGCUGAAGUCAGCACACGCCCUUCAGCCCGAGCCCUUCAGACACCUUUGGCAACUGGGAUAAGAUGGACACAUUUAAUUACAGAAUGGUGGGAGCUUUCUAAUCGGGCCUUUGGAUUGAUUUUAAAUGGAUGCCACUCCUUGACUUGGUUUCUCGUUGCUCCCAUCAUCAGAUAUUCCGGCUUAUAAUUUUUUACAUUACACUUUAAAUGUAAACCAAAUAAAAAGAUUUUGCUAAGAAGA